AUGCCCACCUGCCCAUCUGUGCCAUUUCAUGACAUGCUCCCCUGCCCAUCUAUGCCCGCACAUGACAUUCUCACCUGCCCAUCUAUGCCCGUACAUGACAUUCUCACCUGCCCAUCUAUGCCCGCACAUGACAUUCUUACCUGCCCAUCUAUGCCCGUACAUGACAUCCUCACCUGCCCAUCUAUGCCCGCACAUGACAUUCUCACCUGCCCAUCUAUGCCCGUACAAGACAUUCUCACCUGCCCAUCUAUGCCCGCACAUGACAUUCUUACCUGCCCAUCUAUGCCCGUACAUGACAUCCUCACCUGCCCAUCUAUGCCCGUACAAGACAUUCUCACCUGCCCAUCUAUGCCCGUACAUGACAUGCUCACGUGCCCAUCUAUGCCCGUACAUGACAUCCUCACCUGCCCAUCUAUGCCCGUACAUGACAUUCUCACCUGCCCAUCUAUGCCCGUACAUGACAUCCUCACCUGCCCAUCUAUGCCCGUACAUGACAUUCUCACCUGCCCAUCUAUGCCCGUACAUGACAUUCUCACCUGCCCAUCUAUGCCCGUACAUGACAUUCUCACCGGCCCAUCUAUGCCCGCACAUGACAUGCUCACCUGCCCAUCUAUGCCCGUACAUGACAUUCUCACCUGCCCAUCUAUGCCCGUACAUGACAUGCUCCCCUGCCCAUCUAUGCCGGUACAUGACAUCCUCACCUGCCCAUCUAUGCCCGCACAUGACAUUCUUACCUGUCCAUCUAUGCCCGUACAUGACAUUCUUACCUGCCCAUCUAUGCCCGCACAUGACAUGCUCACCUGCCCAUCUGUGCCCGUACAUGACAUUCUUACCUGCCCAUCUAUGCCCGUACAUGACAUGCUCCCCUGCCCAUCUAUGCCGGUACAUGACAUUCUCACCUGCCCAUCUAUGCCCGUACAUGACAUUCACACCGGCCCAUCUGUGCCCGUACAUGACAUGCUCACCUGCCCAAUCUGUGCCCGUACAUGA